AUGGGGAAUAAGUUGGGUAGGAGGAGACAGCUAGUGGACGAGAAGUAUACAAGACCUCAAGGGCUGUAUCAACACAAGGAUGUAGAUCACAAGAAGCUUCGUAAGCUUAUACUUGAUUCCAAGCUCGCUCCUUGCUAUCCCGGAGAUGAUGACUGCAGUUGCGAUCUUGAAGAAUGCCCGAUUUGUUUCUUGUAUUAUCCAAGUCUAAAUAGAUCGCGAUGUUGCACAAAAGGCAUCUGUACAGAAUGUUUCCUACAGAUGAAGACCCCAAAUUCUACACGCCCUACGCAAUGCCCCUUUUGUAAAACGUUAAACUAUGCUGUGGAGUAUAGAGGGGUGAAGACUAAAGAGGAAAAAGGGCAGGAACAAAUUGAAGAACAAAGGGUGAUAGAAGCAAAAAUAAGAAUGAGACAACAAGAAAUUCAAGAUGAAGAGGAAAGAAUGCUAAAAAGACAAGAGAGAAGCUCUUCAAGCAGGAUAAUUGAUUCAAAUGAGGCUGAAUAUUUCUCUAGAGCAGCAACGUCUUCUUCAGAAGGUGAGGAAAUUGUUUCUGCUCCAAAUUCAGGUGUAACAACAUUUAGACAUCCUCAACGCCCUAGAGACAACAGAGAUGACGAGUUUGACCUUGACCCCGAGAACAUAAUGCUAAUGGAAGCCAUCUGGUUGUCAUUUCAGGAGGAUGGAAAACACCAACGCCACAAUCCGAAUUAUGGCGACGCAGCGCAAUUAGCAAAAUACGCAACGGAAGUUCGCGUUCUCGCGUCCAUGGCCCCACAAGCUGAGUCAUUAUCAUCUUCAUCCUCAUCCUCAUCGCCUUCCGGUGGUCUAGCGUGCGCCAUAGCUGCCCUCGCCGAACGCCAACAACUGGGUGGCGAAUCUUCCACCAAUUACAACAACUACAAUGGAAACAUAUCAUCAACAUACAACAUCAUGCAUCCCGUAUCCACCUCACUCAAUACCCAUCUUCAAGAUGCAGGAUGGGGAGACAACAACAAUAACAAUAACAACAACAACAACAGUCAUGAACAGAUGGGUGAAAGUGAAACUUCAUAUGGGUAUCAUCAUGAUAAUAAUAAUGAGUAUGGGGGACAAGAUGAGAUGGAGGGUGGUGGUGGAGGUGGUGGAGGUAUAGUUCCUGAGAGCUUUGAGGAGCAGAUGAUGUUGGCAAUGGCGGUUUCAUUGGCGGAAGCUCGAGCUAGGAGUAGUAGUGCACCGGAGGUUGCGUGGAUUUAGUUUAAUGUUUGUUGGUGGUGUAUACAAUGUGUAAAAUUGGGGAAAAAAAUUGAGUGUAGAUUUGUGGUUAGAGGUUUGAGAUUUGAAUCAUGGAAGUAGAACGAUACAGACAGAAAGACAUAUAGGUCAAUUUCCCCCCUCCCUUUGUAUUGAAAUUUGAGAGUUUGUAUGAUUGGUUGUUGUUGAUGGGAGGAUUUGGAAUUGG